UAUACCCUUCACCAAAUCAUCACAAGCUAGACACUUGCAUCUGCGGAAGAUCGACCAGUAGCUACCCAAACCAAUCCCGAGUUUCUGUCUCUCCUACCCAAAGCAAUGAAGCAAAAGAUUGUCAUCCAGUUGAGCGUGUCGUGCGACAAGAGCCGGUCCAAAGCACUGACGCUGGCUGCCAGAGCAGCCGGGGUGACGUCCAUGGGGAUAACCGGCGACGCCAGGGACCAGCUGGAGGUGGUCGGCGACGGCGUCGACCCGGUGUGCCUCGUUUGCUGCCUCCGCAAGAAGCUCGGCCACGCCCAAAUCAUCAAGGUGGAGGAAGUGAAAAAACCGGAGGAGAAAAAGGAGACGAAAAAGGAGGACCCGAAGCCGGCGGUGCCCGUGUACCCGUGCUACUACCCGCCGGCCGGCUACUACCACCAGUACCAGCCGCCGCACAUGGUCGUCUGCGACGAACAGCCCAGCAACUGCCGGACCAUGUAGUUGUUUUGACGUACAUUAAUUUUUUGAGGGAUUAUGAAUAGCAACAUGCGUGUGUUUAUUUAAUUCAUUCAAGGAAAUGAAAAGAAACGAGAGAUAUUAUAUUUA